UAAACACUGGAACUAAAAUUGAUGGUCAUGGGACCGGGCAUUAGUUAUUUUCUUUUGCUGUAAUGAGUUUGCUUAAAAGGCCCAUUGCCUUGUAACCAGAACCAGAAACCACCGCCAAUGCAUGAAUUCCUCUCUGAGUGUCAGAAUGCCUUGACUGGGCGACCACCAGAUACCAACCAGUGGGACGUCAUUACGCAGAGGGCCAUGAACUGUCAGCAAUGCCCCGCCUUUAUCAGGACACUAAGCUCCCAAUGAAAGUUUAGUCGGUGCCAACCGGCACUUUGAGGAUUUUUCAUUGGACGGAAAACAGGGCAGUCUGAAAAAUAAAAGGCAUCGUGGUUGGACUGCCGAGUUGCUGUACAUGUACAUGGCAGCCCUGACACUGAAUCUGCUACAACAGGGCUUCCCAUUGGACCAGGAAGUUCAAUCAUCAUCCAAAACAUCAUCUGAUUGGUUAACAGACACCCUUACUUGGCAGUCCAUGCCUGUGGACACUGCUGUGACUCACUCCAUCGAAACGAAGCCGAGUUGAGGUUUUUACGUGCCAUCGGUAAUGAUUGCCAAGUUCACACAAGCCUCCAGGAAUUCAUUACAGCCACACCAUCUUCCCAUUAAUGAGUGGAUAAUAGUUUGUCAUUGACUCAAUGUAAAGGCAACAACUUGUCCGAUGAGGGCAAAAUCAUCCCUGUGCAUUGUGCCAAUGGCAUGGAUCUACAGUGUAUUCCAGAAAGUGUAGAAUAUCCAUUGAACUCUACGCAGCAUGCUAAGAAGUUGUGCAGUAUCAAACUAUUUCUAGACUCAUCUGUGAAUUAGACAAACCCGAAGAAACAGGAGUUUGAGGUUCCAGUUACUUCAGAUCCUUUGCUGCACGAUGCAUGCUGUGUUUCAAGCCAUGGCUGCUUCCGUCAGACAACACCUUGUCACGUUGUGUCUCACCGCUUGCGUCACCCUGUGCUGUGCAACUAAUGAGACAUCUUCCUCUCUACAGCUGCAACCUUCACCAAGCCCCCCUUUAUCACUGUCCUCCAUUGCUCCAUCAGACACACUAAGCUUUCAACUUCAUGCCAGUUCUUCGGUCAUUUCCAGCCAUCCCCCAGCCUCCGUCUUGCCAUCGGGACCUCCCUCAUUCCAAACCAGAGGAACCAGAGUGCCACUGCUCUCCAGUCGGCUGCCCACACCGACUCCAGUGGGGUACCCCACACCAACCCCUUCGUGGCCCUCCCUAACCCCUCAGUCAGAGGUCCUCCGCACCCCUACUCCUUCUGCCUCUUGGUCCACAGGUUUUGAGUCCCCAGUGGCAUCAGCAGUAACCAAUCUAUUUACAACACAGGUUAUCAAUGCAUCACAGUCUGACCAGUGGCGGUCCUCGUCGGCACCAUUUCCCGUGCCUCCGGUUGCGCCUGGACCGCCCCCAUAUUUCACUUCUAUGACAAACAUGACAGAGACAGUAACAGAUAUACUUGUGACAGCCACGUCUAAUUUGCUUACCACGGCAGUGCCAGAGCCAUCACAGCAAAUGACUAUGAAGAUGUCACCAGGAGGGUCAUUGAUGGUGUCAGAAACUGAGAUGUCUGUGUCACGCAUGACUUCAUCCAUCAGUGGAGCAAUGACCAUGCUCACAGCAUCUCCAGCAGUUUCGUACACUCCACGAUCUACGCCCACAGAAUCAAGUGUAACAUAUAGACCUAUGCCAACUCAGUCUUUUGUCAUGAGCACAGCUGAACCAACUCAUUCCUUUGCCAUGAGCACAACAGGAGGCGUUUCGGGUCCCUUGCCUACACCAUCUUUGUUCCCAUCUUCAGAGCCAUGGGAUAACGACACCCUUCCAACUGCUGCGACCACGCAAGGCACUGAUUUGACAACUUGGACCUCUACUGUGGAAGUUCACACUUCUCCUCCCAGAUUCAUCCUUGUUAAAUGUACAGUCACCCUCAAUGGCGAUUGCAACGAGGCCAAAGAGCAAGAGCAACUGUUCCGGGAGGCGUUUGCCCAGUUCAUUGCCGGCACCCUAGAGAUGGACGUUGGCAGGCUGAUAGUGGAGGAGGUCCGUUGCGGCUCGGUGGUCGUAGACUUCACCAUUCAAGAUGCCAAAGAUGGGUCCCUGGCCCAAAACCUCACGAUCAUGGUGGACGAGGGUGACCUUGGCUUCACUUUCCAGAACCAGUCCUUCAUGGCAACUUAUGCCGGGAUCAGACCACCCAAGCCUACCAAGAAAGCGCCAGAUGACAAAGGUGGGCUGUCGUUUGCAGAACAGGAGCGCCUCAUCUACAUCAUGAUUGGAUCGGCCGUUGGCGCCGUUGUCCUGAUAUCCCUCAUUCUUGUCGUCCACCACCACGUGCGUAGGUCUUGUCGUACCCACACCCAGUCCUUCGACAUCCAGGAAGAGCCCCACAUCAAACUUUCGGACUUCAACAUGGCGCACACGUACAUCCCACGACCUCGUAGCAUUUACGGAUCACGGCCCCAGACUGACAGCACCUACCAUGCUAACGGUGACAGCGGGAGCCUGCACCGUGGUGUGCCGCACAGCCCGACGCCGUAUGUGUAUGCUGACGACCAGGCAAUACGGCGGCACUACCGUGAAGUGGUAGACAGGGAUGCGAAUAUUAGGAUGAGUCAGGAUUUUGGACGGAGUGGAGUGCCAGAUCUGAACCUGCCUAAGCUGGAAGGUGUUCAUGUUGCUGGACAGGAAGAUGACAUUGAUGAGUCUCUCUUAAGACCCCUCUCCGUACGCAGAGGCAGUAAUGGCAGCACUGUCAGUAGACUAUCGGCGACUUUCCACGCCCCACCCGAACCUCCGCCCGAGUCCGCCAGCAACGCCAGUUCCUCCGAGGCUGCCAGCUCCCUCCCUGGAGACACCAGCCUCCUGCUGUGCAAAGGCUGUGACUAUGACCCCCAGCCGAUGGGGAUUGACAAUCCGUCCUAUGACAGGUGCACCGCCGGUGAUCACGAGGGUCAGAGGGCACCAAGUUUUUACAAUAUGAUACCCUCUGCACCUGUUUAG